AUGGCUUUCCCCAGUAGUCGCUAUCCUGUUGUUCUAUCCCCAAACUCAGGCCCCCCUCCCUCCAGCAAUGCAGAGCAACGACCAGAAGACCGUGUCCGAAACUUCAUCAGCCAACUCCUCGAAACCACAGUUGACGAGCUUAUGAAACCCAACGGACGACCAUUUAUCCUCCUUAAACGACGAUCUAACCGCGGAGAUUACUUUAUCAAUCCUCACAAUGCAGCUCUCGAAGCCCGCGAAGAGGAUAAAGCAAUAAUGUACUCGUGGCCUGGAGACAGUGCUUAUGAAGCGUGGAGAUUCACUGUGUCGAUUCGAGUACUAGGAGUCAUUGCAGACGCACUUCGCAACAACAUCACGACGUCGAAGAGAGAUAUAUACUAUAGUGACCCCAUCUACUUCGGUUCCCAGCGAGUUGUCGAUACCCUUGUAGACGACAUAGCGUAUACUAUUGGGGUCGACCGUGCUGCUCUUCACGUGACAGCAGCAGCGAAAGGACUAAUGGCAGGUGACUUCUCUCUGGCCUUAAAAUUGGGGAACAUCCUAGAUAUUGGUGCAGCAUCCGAGGAUUUUCUCAUCCCCGACGCAGAAGGUGUUGACGAGAUCAUAAUAUUCGAUAUACGAUGGGUGCUAAUAGUUGAAAAAGAGGCAAGCUAUCUUUCACAGAUUGACACGAAGCCGCUAUCAUAUUUCCUCAAGGGCCGGAAAAGGAAUCAUCAUAACCGCUAUCCCGACAUCAACACUCGCGCAUUCAUCCGUCUCCUUUCAGAAACCAAGUCCUUCAUGCAAGACACUCCGCAUUUGUAUGCUCUUGUGGACAGCGAUCCUGACGGAAUGGCAAUCAUGUCCACAUACAAGUACGGCUCAAUGACACAGGCGCACGAGAAUGCCAGGCUCAACGUGUCUGGUAUCUGCUGGCUUGGUCUGCGGACAUCAGACGUAGUAGCCGGCGCUGACCCGCAAGGAGACGAGGCGCUGAUGCCACUAAGCGUAAGAGACAGGCAGAAGGCAGUUGCUAUACUUAGAAAUAACCCUGUUUUUGCGGAGGACGGACCAGAGCCGCAGUGGCGGACUGAACUGCAGCAAAUGCUCAUGCUCAAUUUGAAGGCUGAAACGGAAGUGCUGUAUGACCGAGACCAAGGUCUCGAAGGGUGGAUCGACCAGCAGAUUCGGAAGUAUCUCUAA